CUGAGGACUGCACGGAGAGAGCCACGCAGGGGCCUGGGAUUCAUGAUGUUUGCAUGAAGUGACGGGACCUGGCGCUGUGGGGUUUCGUCCCAUACAGGUACAUGAAUGCACAUUUUGGGUCAUGUUUACGCCGGUCCUGGAAGAACGCUCUAGCGGCUGUGCACUUAGUAGUAGUUCUGUUGAUGUCCAGCUCUCAGAUCGACGCUUCCAGUUCUUUCGCUCAAAGCCGCUUGAAACUGCUGUAUACCCCUUUCUUUGUCGUGCGAUCUCUGGUACAACCAGUAAUUGUUACAUACCACAUACAUUGCUAUAAUUUCUUAAUAUUCAUGUAUAUGCUUGAAACCAUCUAGCUUGCUUGUCUGCAAUGUCAUCAAACCGACCUCUGGAACGCCUUCUCUGCCUGUCGGACGAU